AUGAGUUCUGUGCGUAGUGGACUACGUACUGAUCGUGCACCGCACGCAAGCAACGACACUGACGCAAUUAUUCAAACAGCUCCAACACUUGGAAGCGGGAAUCUUCAUGAUGUGGUCCGGCUACCAGCUGGAGAAGACCUUAACGAGUGGCUAGCAGUCAACAUAAUGGAUCUAUUCAAUCAAGUGCGCAUGCUGUAUGGUACUAUUACUGACCAUUGCACCAACGAAAGCUGUCCACAAAUGACAGCUGGGGUCACACACGAAUAUUUCUGGACUGAAAAUGACAGGAUCCUAUCUUGCUCUGCUCCAAUGUAUAUUGAUUAUAUGAUGACUUGGAUACAAGAUCAACUCGACGAUGAAUGUGUGUUUCCUUCACAAAUUGGUCGAUCUUUUCCGCGGGACUUCGUCGAAGUAUGCGAAGGAAUAAUGCGUCGUCUUUUCCGCGUGUACGCCCACGUCUACUCUUCCCACUCUGCCCGAUUCAACGAGCUGAACGCAACUCCUCAUCUCAACACCUCCUUCAAACAAUUCAUACUUUUUGCUCGACAAUUUCAAUUGAUCCCUACUAGAGAAUUGGAACCACUACGCACAAAAAUUGACGAGUUAAUAGGAGUGUCGGUACCAGCUGAGAUACGAAACAGAGUUAUGUUUGCGCCUCCUUUCCCUCCUACAAAUGGAGGAGGGCCUGGAGCUCAGCCACAAGCCACAUUCCCUGCACCAAACAUGGCUACAGGAGGCGCACCUCCACCUGCGAUCGGUGGAUUUCCCAAACCAUCCAUGGAUGCUUCACGUGGAUAUCCUGGCAUGCCGCCACAUCCUGCCAACGGACCGCAAAUGCCUGCAGCAACGAGCGCACAGUCUCCUAUGGUACCUUUUCCAGCCCCUGUUUCCACCUCCGCCCACCAACCAUCUACUUUUCCUUCUGUCGUGAACGGAUUUCAUAGUGCGGUGCAGCCGCCAUCUCAACCUCCACUACAACAUGCAGGCGCGCCAACAACUAGUUAUCAACCUGUGCAACCUCCGUCAUCUGUAGCUAACUUUCCAAGCUCUCACCAUCCUUAUGGAGUGAGCCAGUCGAAUGGACCCAUACCAACGCCUACAGGGCCACCACAACCAACACAUAUGACGCAAAAUCAGCCUCUACCUAUUCCACCUAAUUACAGUGCAGGCCCUCAACAGAAUGCUCCGAUCCCGGGUUAUCCUCAGACGACUUCACAUCAAUUAAACUCUGCAGGAGUUCUCAACACAACUGUGCCCGCACCUUCUCAGCAACAACGUCAACCACAAUUGGGUCCGAGCGGAGCACCCCCACCGCCAUCAUUCCCGUCUUCUGUGCCUUCCCACGCAUCUCCAGGUUUCCCAGUCCACGGUGGUGCUAUGCCCUCUUUUCCACAGCCAGGAUUUGCCCAUUCUUCUGCUCCUUCAGGUCCGCCAGGACACCCAAUGAUGGGAGGUCAACCAUCUUUUGGACCUCCUGGAGGUAUGCCUCCAGGAGCUAGCGCUAUGCCUCCAGGAGCUCCAAUGGCAGCGGGAUUUCCACCGGUACCUGGUGGUCCUCCCACUGGCUUUCCGGGAGCUCCAGGUAUGCAACCACGACAACCACAACCUCAACCGCAGCAACGACUUGAUCCGAACAUGAUGCCUAGUGCUGUUGAGGUUAUGGAAAUUGAUUCUGCACAAGCUGGGCAGUUUCCUACAGGUUAUCCACAUGCGAACCCUCCUCCGCUUGUUUCUACAGACUUCUACGCCGUCGAUCAAGGAAAUUGUUCUCCGAGAUUAAUGCGAUCUACGAUAUAUAUGGCACCUGCGUCAAACGACUUGCUCAAAGCAGCGCAGAUACCGUUUGCUGUAGCUAUAUCGCCAUUUGCUGCGCUUCAUUCUCAAGAGCGUCCUCCCUCUGUAAUCGAUUUAGGGCCCGGAGGCCCCGUUAGGUGUCAGCGUUGCAAAGCUUAUAUGUGUCCUUUCAUGGAGUUCCAAGAUGGAGGAAGGCGAUUCCGCUGUCCAUUUUGUCACGCCUCCACUCCUGUGGAGGAUGUUUAUUUUGCUCAUUUGGACCAUACUGGUCGCCGAACUGAUAUCGAUCAUCGGCCAGAACUGUUUUUGGGAGCCUACGAAUUCAUUGCCACUAAACAGUAUUGCAAGAACGGUCUUCCUCCGAAGGAGCCUGCGUUUAUAUUCAUGAUAGAUGUUUCCUACAAUGCAGUGCAAAAUGGCAUGUUACAAGUUGUUUGCUCUAACUUGGAAAAACUUCUUAGUCGUCUGCCCAAGGAACUUGGUGCUUCCGAAUCAGUUAUUCACGUAGGGCUGGCUACAUUCGACCAGGUUGUACAUUUCUUCGAUUUGUCUGCUGCGCAACCUUCAAUGAUGGUAGUAGGUGAUGUCGGGGACAUGUUUGUUCCUAUCGUUGAUGGUCUCCUCCUACCUUACUCUCAAGCGGCACCGUCAAUUCGUGCUGUGCUCGCAGAAAUUCCUCGCUUAUUUGCACCUACAAAGAUUACUGAAACCAUAUUAGGACCAGUUGUACAAGCAGGAUUGGACGCUCUUCAGUGUGCCGAUCGUGCUGGAAAAGUCUUCAUUUUCUCGACUUCACUGCCGAGUUUGGAAGCACCUGGAAAGCUGAAAGCAAGAAAUGAAAGAAAUCUGCUCGGAACUGACAAAGAAAAGACCGCACUUACGCCCCAAGGCGAAUUUUACUCCAAACUUGGUGAACAGUGCGUGAAAGCUGGCGUUACGGUAGACUUGUUCUUGUUCCCGAAUUCUUUUAUGGAUGUUGCAUCAAUAGCCCAACUAUCUGCUGUGACUGGUGGCAAUGUGUACAAAUAUCAGUAUUUCGUGGCAGAUAAGGAUGCGUCUCGUUUCCUUGCUGAUCUUGAUCAUGAUAUUUCACGUCAAAUAGCGUUCGAUUGUAUGGCUAGGGUUCGAUCAAGCGCAGGUAUUCGUCCGGUACUUUUCCAAGGCUCCUUCUACAUGGAAAACAGUACUGACCUAGAAAUGGCCUCCAUCGAUGAAGACAAAUCUUUCUUCGCUGAACUUAAGCAUGACGAUAAGCUGUCCGACCAGAACGCAAUCAUACAAUGCGCAGUUCUUUUUACAUCUGCAAGUGGACAACGUCGCCUUCGCAUUCUCAACAUUUGCCUACCUGUGUCAUCAGACUACAAUCAACUGUACAGAGUGGCCGAUCAAGGGGCCCUCGUAUCGUACUUGCUGAAAAAUGCUGUCCAAGCGAAUCGUGAGAAAGGCAACAAGGAAAUGAAAGAGCAAAUCUUCCAGCGUUGUGCGCAGAUUCUUGCCACAUAUAGGGAGAAGGUUAGUGAAUCUGCACCGCUUGGACAACUAAUUCUUCCAGAAACACUGAAGCUUCUGCCCCUCUUUGUCAACUCCAUCGUUAAAAAUGACUCGAUUAACGGUGGCAGUGAGAUGACCGUCGACGAUAAAGUAUGGAUGAUCGAGUUGAUCCGAGGGAUGCGAGUAGAUCAUGCAAUGUUGUUAUUGUAUCCAAAAAUCGUUCCUGUUGAUCACCUAGAACUCCAUGAUCCCUCAGAGUUGACAAACGUUACUGGAAGCAUCAGAGCGAGCUACGAGAAUCUUGUUCAUUCGAAGGCGUAUUUGAUUGAUAAUGGGAUUGUGUUAUUCCUUUGGAUUGGACUUGGUGUUGCUGAAGCUUGGGUGCAAGAUAUUUUUGGAGUUAAUAAUGUUGCCAUGCUUGACACUGAGAAUGCCCAGAUACCUGAGAAAGACAAUGCACGUUCGAGAGGGCUUCGAAGAGCAGUUGAAUUGCUUCAAGAGGUGGGUCCCCGAAAACGAAAAUUGUUUGUCGUUCGUGAAAAGGAUGCGCUAGAACCAUGGAUGAAGAAAUUUUUGGUUGAAGAUCGUUCUGGGCCAAAUGUCAUGUCUUACGUGGACUUCUUAUGUUAUAUUCAUCGAGAGAUUAGGAAUAUACUUUCAUAA